GUGUAGUCCCCCUCCAUGUGUGCAUCCAGGCCUGUCCUGCGCACUGGGGCUCUGACCAACAGCCAACCCCUCCAUCUCCACUCGGUUCCUCCUCUCUCUCACUUCAGGAGAGGGGGGGAGCAGUUUAGUUUGGACAGGCAGCUGCGAGACCAACACGUCCGAGGCAGAUUUUAUACCCACAUGUGUGCGUUUCAACCCCAAAAAACGCGAGGGAGUGCGGCCUUGCAGGCGAUCGCUGGUUGUGUUUGAGGGGGAAUGAAUCUGCCUCUACUUGGAAGUUGUUUGCACCAUAACCGGUUUUGAGGAGGCGGUGAGGCGCGGCAGGCAGCAGCAGCAGCAGCCGAUGGGAGCAGUCAGCAGCAGCGCCAAACUCACAAUGCGCCCGGAGUGAGCAGAGCAGAGGCAGGGGGGAGACAAUACCGAUCCGCGGGCUCACUGAGGAGCUGCGACCUCUCAUCUGGACCCGCUCACUUCUACUUCCUUCUCCCGACCUCUUCUUCCACAGUGGCGCGUCCCUCCUCUUCCUCCACGACUGAGUGAUCGAGUUCAUUGAUUGAGACAACAUUGACUUCGCGACGAGGGCGAGUGGUUUGAUCUGCAGAACUCAGCCAUGACGUCUCCGGCGAAAUUUCGAAAAGACAAGGAGAUAGUGGCCGAAUAUGAAACUCAAGUUAAAGAGAUUCGUGCCCAGCUGGUGGAGCAGCUUAAAUGUCUGGACCAGCAGUGUGAGCUGAGGGUGCAGCUGCUUCAGGAUCUGCAGGACUUCUUCAGGAAGAAGGCAGAGAUCGAGAUGGACUACAGCCGCAACCUGGAGAAGCUCGCAGAGAGGUUCCUCACCAAGACGCGCAGCACCAAGGACCAUCUUCUCAAGAAGGAGCAGAGCAUUUUGUCUCCUGUGAACUGCUGGAACCUGUUGCUGCUUCAGGUGAAGAGGGAGAGCCGCGACCACGCCACUCUGUCCGACCUCUACCUCAACAACAUCAUUCCCCGCUUUGCACAGAUCAGCGAGGACUCAGGACGCCUCUUCAAGAAGAGCAAAGAGGUUGGCGUACAGCUGCAGGAAGAUCUGAUGAAAGUUCUCAAUGAGCUUUACACGGUGAUGAAGACGUACCACAUGUACAACACGGACAGCAUGAAUGCUGAGUCCAAGCUGAAGGAUGCUGAAAAGCAAGAGGAGAAGCAGAUGGGACGCUCCGGACGACAGGAUGACCGCCAGACGCCGCGCUCCCCCGACACACUGUCCAGCAUCAAGUCUGACGAGAAACCUGUUCGACGCUCCAGUGUCAAAAAAAUCGAGAAGAUGAAGGAGAAGAGACAAGCUAAGUACACGGAGAACAAGCUGAAGGCCAUUAAGGCCAGGAAUGAGUACCUGCUGGCUCUUGAAGCCACCAAUGGCUGUGUCUUCAAAUAUUACAUCCAUGACCUCUCCGACAUCAUUGACUGCUGUGACCUGGGCUACCAUGCCAGCCUGCAUCGCGCCCUGAGGACUUACUUAUCUGCAGAACAGAACGUGGAGACGUCCAAACACACGGGCCUGGAGACACUGGAGGGAGCUGCAGAGAGUCUGGAGCCCAAUGGGGACAAACAGAAACUGAUGGAGACCUACAACAAUGUCUUCUGCCCCCCAGCUCGCUUUGACUUCCAGUCCCACAUGGGCGACAUGAUGGGAGUGAUGUGUGGACGGCAGCCACUGGAAAGUGAGCUGCUGCAGAGGUGUCAGCAGCUGCAGUCCCGUCUGUCCACACUCAAGAUUGAGAAUGAAGAGGUGAAGAAAACUAUGGAGGCCACUCUGUCCACCAUCCAAGAUAUGGUGACAGUGGAGGACUAUGACGUCUCUGAGUGCUUCCACCACAGCAACAGCAUGGAAUCUGUCAAGUCCUCUUUCAGCGAAUCCUAUCUCAGCAAGCCCAGUCUGGCCAAGAGACGGGCCAAUCAGCAGGAGACGGAGCAGUUUUACUUCACGAAGCUGAAAGAGUUUCUGGAAGGCAGGAACCUGAUCACCAAACUGGACGCCAAGCAUGACCUCAUCCAGAAAACCCUGGGAGAGAGUCAGAAGACUGACUGUUGCCUUGCCAGUGGACGGAGAAACUCAACAGUACGGAAUCAGGACUCGGGUGAGGUCAUUCCUCUGAUGGUUGAGAGUUGCAUCUGCUUCAUCAGUCGCCAUGGUCUGCAGCAUCAGGGCAUCUUCAGAGUGUCGGGCUCUCAGGUGGAAGUCAACGACAUCAAGAAUGCAUUUGAGAGAGGUGAGGACCCGCUGGCUGGGGACCAGAAUGACCACGACAUGGACUCCAUUGCUGGUGUCCUGAAGCUCUACUUCAGAGGGCUGGACCACGCCCUCUUCCCUAAAGAAAUCUUUCAUGACGUCAUAUCCUGUGUCUCGAUGGAGAGCCUCCAGGAGCGGGCUGUCCACAUUAAGAAAGUUCUGCAGUCUCUGCCAAGCAAAACGCUCGUCAUCAUGAGAUACCUGUUCGCCUUCCUCAACCACCUGUCUCAGUACAGCGAGGAUAACAUGAUGGACCCCUACAACCUGGCCAUCUGUUUCGGCCCCACCCUGAUGUCUGUCCCAGAGGGCAACGACCAGGUCUCUUGCCAGGCUCAUGUCAAUGAGCUCAUCAAGACAAUCAUCAUCCACCACAACACCAUCUUCCCUGGACAGCCGGACCUGCAGGGCCCCAUCUACACCAUCCCUGGAAGUGGAGAAGAUUUCUGUGACAGUCCACACUGUGAGCCCCCCCUUGUGGAAGAGCCUGCGCCUGACACCGUCUCUGUCAGGAACAACAGUGAAGAUGGAUCCUUGACUGUUUCAGAGUCCGACCCGAUCGAGGCCAUAGCUCGGUUUGAUUACUCCGGACGGACAAACCGAGAGCUGUCGUUCAAAAAGGGUGCCUCGCUGCUUCUGUAUCAGCGAGCCUCUGAUGACUGGUGGGAGGGACGGCACAAUGGAGUGGAUGGACUGGUGCCACACCAGUAUAUUGUGGUCCAAGACAUGUCUGAUGGAGGUCGGGGAAGUCCAAAGCCUGAUGUCGACUCCAGGGACCUGCUGGAGGAGAGGGUCUCCACUAGAGGGAGCGCUGCCUCUCCUACUGGAGCUCAUGUGGCUGACAUCUACCUGGCCAACCUGAACAAGUUGAGGAAGCGUCCGGAGUCUGGGAGCAUUCGAAGAACAUUCCGGGGAUCAGAGAGCGACAGUACCAGUCCUGGCACCAGCGGAGGGGGAGGGGUAAGAACAGCAUCCCUUCCGGUCGGCGGGGCUCUGGUGAAAGAAACUGGAGACAAAAGACCCGUCAGCGCUCACAGCAUCCUCAACUCAGUCACUCGCCAUUCCUCACUCAAGACCAAGGUGGAGAGUCCGCAGUUAAAGAAGACAACUUCAGCCGGACGCUCCAAGAGCUUCAGUAACCACAGACCACUGGACCCAGAGGUCAUCGCCCAGAUAGAGCACAGCUCACAGGACAUCGAUGUGUCCAUGAGCUCUGCCCUGAGUGAGCUCAGUAGGUCAGAGAGGCAGAGCACUUCCAAACAUACACACACCCCCGACGUGGUCCUGGACACACUGGAGCAGCUGAAAGGCAUGAGUGGAGGUGGCGGUGGCGGAGGAGGUGCCUCGGAGCCCUCCAGUCCGCUCCACACCCGUCUACUGCGGGAUGGUGAGGGCAGCUCCUUGCACGCUCACCCACUCCAGCGCAGCGCCUCGUCCGCCAGCGACGUACCCUCCUCCUUCCGGCCCAUCAAGAGCCAGCCGCGGAGCCCCCUGCCCUCUGCCACAUCCCCCUCCCUGUCCUCCUCCUCUCUCUCCUCCUCCGUACCUUCCUUCAGAGAGCUGCGCCCGCCGGCGACAAGACCAAAGCCGGUGGUUUUCCCAAAGAGCGGUGGAGGGAGUCCAGCGAUGGGCUCUCCGACAUCCACUGUUCCCCCAACACCUCCACUUCCACCUGCAGGCCACACACACUCACUCCCUCACACUCCUCCUCCUCCUCCUCCUCCUCCCCCUCCUCCCCAGUCCAAUGACAAAUCCUGCCCAGCUUAGAACCGCUCGACCCGAACAACAACACUGAUCCGUACAGACUCUUCUACCAGGUUGUAGAGAGUACUACAUUUGUUUCACAUAAGAGCCCUAACCCACUACUCGUGUGUAGCAUUC